CCUAGGUGACAUCCUUAAUAACUCAUAUCAUUGUAUCACAGCUGGAUGAUCGUCAUACUCGAUUCAGAGUGACAGCAAAGUAGUAGUAGUGUGUAUGUGUGUGUGUGAGAGAGAUAUUUUACUAUAAUAGUUUGCACUUGAUGUGUUCUAAGAUAUAUUUUGAUAAGAUUUCUGUAAUUUUCUUAAAAUAUUACAUACUGAAGAUAGAAUGAGUGUGUCUAGUUGAGAGCUUCACUGUGUGUGUGUCUCUGUGAGAAAUUUGGAUUGACAAAUGUACACCACAGAUAUUGUCUACUUGUUAUUAUUAAACAUAAACAUUGUGUGUUUCCAUAAAGAAGACUAAUUAAAUUUUUCUCGUGGUGAUACAGUCGAGUUGUGGAGGAAAGUCCCUGGACAGUUUUACGUACCUUAUGGCGAUCUGUUCGCUAUAUUAAUGUUUUUUUAAUCAAACAAUUUGUGUAUUGCGUAAAGCUCUGACAGUCCUGACUCAAAAAGCACACAAGUGUACAGGGAAUAUUGCCAAAAAGUUUACAGAACUUUUGUGGUUUUCAUUUGUCAAUAUUAUACUUUAGUGUAGGUAAGAUGGUUAGAUCCUUUCUGAUUCUCAAUAAACAGUUGUACAGUUUUAAAUAUAUAGUUUUAAGAAAUCAAUUUGAAUCUGGUGUUUGAAGCUGUCAGUCGAGAAUAUUACUUUUAUAAUACAACGAAAGUUUGUUUAAUGUUACUUUUAUCCUCUUCGCCACUGAACGGCUUGUUAGCCGCUUGGGCGAUCGGUCACGUCUCUGAUUACAAUUAUAUUACCAGGCCGCCCCCUCAUUGACAAUGUUAACGACCAGGUGAACUUUACUGUAACAAUUAUUAUUAAAAGUUGGAAUUAUUUUCUAACUUUAUUAUAAAUUUACCACAAGUGUCAUGGAAGUGUGUACUGUACUGUACUGUACUGUAUUAUGGUGAGUAUAUGUGUACUGCCCUGGACCUGUAUUAUACUAUGGUGCGUACAUGUACCGUACUGGGUAUGUUUAUCCUGCCUUUGGUAAGAACCAUAUUGUGUUGGAUAUAUCUGUCCAGGAUAAAUUUGAGAACAACCCCAACAGUUGCCAAGGGUGUUGUGAACACCACAACAGCUGCAAGGGGUGUUGUGAGCACCACCACAGCUGCCAGGGGUGUUGUGAACAUCACAACAGCUGCCAGGGGUGUUGUGAACACCACAACAGCUGCCAGGGGUGUUGUGAGCACCACAACAGCUGCCAGAGGUGUUGUGAGCACCACCACAGUUGCCAGGGGUGUUGUGAGCACCACAACAGCUGCCAGGGGUGUUGUGAGCACCACCACAGCUGCCAGGGGUGUUGUGAGCACCACCACAGCUGCCAGGGGUGUUGUGAACAUCACAACAGCUGCCAGGGGUGUUGUGAACACCACAACAGCUGCCAGGGGUGUUGUGAGCACCACAACAGCUGCCAGAGGUGUUGUGAGCACCACCACAGUUGCCAGGGGUGUUGUGAGCACCACAACAGCUGCCAGAGGUGUUGUGAACACCACAACAGCUGCCAGAGAUGUCAGCACCACUACAGCUGCCAGAGGUGUUGUGAGCACCACAACAGCUGCCAGAGGUGUUGUGAGCACCACAACAGCUGCCAGAGGUGUUGUGAACACCAUAACAGCUGCCACAGGUGUUGAGCACCACAACAGUUGCCAGAGGUGUUGUGAGUACCACAACAGCUGCCAGAGGUGUGUGAGCACCACAACAGCCAGAGGUGUUGUGAGCACCACAACAGCUGCCAGAGGUGUUUUGAGCACCACAACAGCUGGCAAGGUGUUUGAGCACCACAACAGCUGCCAGAGGUGUUGUGAGCACCACAACAGCUGCCAGAGGUGUUGUGAACACCACAACAGCUGCCACAGAGGUGUUGUGACCACCACAACAGCUGCCACAGGUGUUGUGACCACCACAACAGCUGGCAGAGGUGUUGUGACCACCACAACAGCUGGCAGAGGUGUUGUGACCACCACAACAGCUGCCAGAGGUGUAGUGAGCACCACAACAGCUGCCAGAGGUGUAGUGAGCACCACAACAGCUGCCAGAGGUGUUGUGACCACCACAACAGCUGACAGAGGUGUUGUGACCACCACAACAGUUGCCAGAGGUGUUGUGACCACCACAACAGCUGGCAGAGGUGUUGUGACCACCACAACAGCUGCCAGAGGUGUAGUGAGCACCACAACAGCUGCCAGAGGUGUAGUGAGCACCACAACAGCUGCCAGAGGUGUUGUGACCACCACAACAGCUGACAGAGGUGUUGUGACCACCACAACAGUUGCCAGAGGUGUUGUGACCACCACAACAGCUGACAGAGGUGUUGUGACCACCACAACAGCUGCCAGAGGUGUAGUGAGCACAACAGUUGCCCAUCCCACUAUACAUGUGAGCAACAGACAAUAG